UGUAUUUUAUCAUAAUCUCUUUGGCAUUUCAAUUAAUUAGAUGCAAUAACGCUUCACAACAGAAAGCAACAGAAAAAUGGAUUUAAAGUUAAUCAUCAUUUCGACUUUGCUUGUCGUCGCCACCAAUGCUGGUCUAAUACCAACUGAUCAUAUUUACCAUAAUCCUGUAUCUGUAGCGACUCAUCACGUGUUGAGUAAGCCUUCAGAGGAAUACGAUUCACAUCCGCAGUACAAAUACUCUUACGAUGUACAAGAUUCUGUUUCGGGUGAUUCGAAAAGUCAAGUUGAAGAGCGCGACGGGGACGUUGUGCGCGGAGAAUAUUCGUUAGUGGAUUCAGAUGGUUUCAAACGAACCGUUCAGUACACAGCCGAUUCGGUUAAUGGUUUUAAUGCUAUUGUAAAUCGUGAGCCAUUGGGUAAAAUUGCUGCUUCUCCUGGUUUAAUCAAAACUGUAGGUCCUGCCAUUUCGCCCGCUACUAUUGUCAAAACUGUAGCAGCUCCUGUUGCUCACUAUAGUACAGCACCGGUUUAUCACGCCGCUCCAGCUGUAUACCAUACGGCUCCAUCAUCGGUUGUGAAAACUCUUACACCAAAUACUCAUUACGCAACACAAAACAUUCAUUAUACAGCUCCUGCUCUUUAUAAAACCCUUACACCAAUUAGUCAUGGUUCCGCUCCUGUUGUUGCUCCUGCCUACACCACCUACACCGCUCCAGCUACUUACAUUGCCCAUCACUAAAUAAAAUUUUGCAUUUACGUUUUCCUCAUUUAUGUAACUACUGACCUAUUUUGUUAUUAACACACACGAACGAUUAUUGAAAUAAAUUAAUUACUAUCCAAACUGAA